GAAUAAUUUAUAGUAUUAUCAAUUUACAUAUUUUUCCCAAGUAGGUACAUUAAAUAAUAAUUUUAUUCCAGAUAAUAAAGUUAUUAUAAAAUCGUGCUCCGUCUUCCCCUACAGUUCGAAUUAGACGAAACUCGUAAAAUAAUAGGUAUCUUUUACCAGAAUUCCCCUUUACAUUUUUUGCUAGUUCCCCGUCGGCGAGGAGCUCGGCGGCCUGCCUUUGAGAUCGAAAGAUAAAAGGUUUUUCGCCGAGUGAAGCAACUUGUAUUUUAUUCAGUAAACUUUGCUUUCGGGAAGCCAUAUGCGUGAAAACAAGAUUAAUGAUAACUUAAAGGUUUUUAGCCACUGGAGAUUCAUAUGUCAGUCUAAUGUAUCUAUUUCAAAUUUCUAAACAGCUAAUUGGUACUAUAGUUCCCGAAACUUGCGAAGCCUUUAUAGAAGCAUUGGCAGAUCAUAUUCAGUUACCAGAUUCACCUGAAGAGUGGCUCAAAAUUUCCGAUGACUAUGAAAACUUAUGGAAUUUUCCUCAAUGCUUAGGAGCCAUUGACGGUAAACACGUCGUACUACAAUGCCCCUUUAGGAGUGGAAGCGAAUAUUAUAAUUACAAGGGCACUUUCAGUAUUGUCCUUAUGGCAGUAGUAGAUGCAAAGUAUCGAUUUUUAUACGUAAACGUGGGAUGUCAAGGACGAAUUUCAGAUGGUGGUGUUUUUAAAAAUACACUCUUCGCGAGAAAACUAAAUGAUGGUACUUUAAAUUUACCAGCUGAAAAACUCCUGCCAGGACAACAGGACGGAACAACACCUUUUGUAUUUGUUUGCGACGAUGCGUUUCCUCUACAGGAGAACCUGAUGAAACCAUUUCCCGGCGAACAUUUGAAGGCGACGUUCCAACGCUCAUUUAAUUACAGAUUAUCGCGAGCAAGACGAGUAGUGGAAAAUGCUUUUGGCGUUAUGUCGUCUGUAUUUCGAGUUUUGCGAAAGCCCUUGCUUUUGCAACCUACUACUGCUGAAAUAAUUGUUCUUACAUGUUGCUACUUACAUAAUUUUUUACAAAAUACUAAAACAAUCAUGGGCUGUUAUGCUCCCCCUGGAACCUAUGACAAUGAAGAUGUUUCAACGGGCAUUUUGGUUCAUGGAUCUUGGCGAAACGAACCAGAAACUUCAUCUACAUUUAUGAAGUUAAAUAGAAUUGGUAGAAAAUCAACCAGAGCAGCACAGGAAGUUCGAGAAAAAUUUGCACAUUAUUUUUCAGGCCAUGGAAGAGUGCCUUGGCAAGACAGAAUGGAAUAAAAUAAUAUGUUUCAUUAUAAAGAAAUAAAAAAGUUUACUUACUUGUUCUUGA